UUUUGUGUAUUAUCAGUGACUCUGGGAUGUUCUUUGAUUAGCCGAAGUGGAGUAUCGAGAGCGAAAAUAGUCCGCAUAUACGACGAGUUUCCCCACCUUUUUGCACGAGAAACCAGACAGAUUUAUUUCCGAGUCGGAGCCAUGUUUUGACAACGUGGGUUCAGUGAAUCGGUUCGACCGUCCUGUGGCACCCUGAGGUUUUCGAUGCGUGGACGAGUGGCUGGCCGCCGCAGCGUCCAGCAGCAGCCCAGCAGCUGAUCCUCGGGAGCUCCCGAUGCGGGGAGGCCAGCAUGGCAACAUGCGCUGCACUCGAGCGAUUGGGCCCCGUGGUGCUGGCACGGCGCUGCAUCGCGUACGCCAGCAAGGGUGCCACCGCAGAAACACAGCCCAAGGAUAAGUCACGCACAGUGCAGUCCUUCUACAACCAGUCGGCCAUCGACGUCGCCGCCGCUAAGCCUUCGGUGCGGUUGACGCCGACGACCAUCCUGUACUCGGGCAAGUCUCCCGACGGCAGCCACUUGCUGCGCAGCGCCCAGUACCUGCACAAGGAGCUUCCGGUGAGGAUUGCCCACCGCAUCGCGGGCUUCCGGAACCUGCCCUUCAUCGUGGGGUGCAACCCCACCAUCCUGGCUGUACAUGAGCUGUACACCCAAACGUUCUACCUGCUCACGGAGAUACCUCCGGUGACGGACUUUGACUCGGAGAGCCGCUACUCGGAGACUGUGCAGCAGGUCUUGGACGACCACAAAGACGUGGUGACACAGCUUGCGGCUGGCUUCAAGGAAUGCCGGAAGCACAUCAAGCAAGAUGAACUGGUGAAGACCUUCCUUGACCGUACCCUGACAUCACGGCUGGGAAUGCGCAUGCUCGCUGAACACCACAUAGCCCUGCGUAAGGACAGGCCACAUCACGUGGGCAUCAUCGACACUGCGAUGAGGCCUAAAGAUGUCAUUGAGAAGUGGGCUGACUUUGUACGGCAAGUGUCGGUGCACAAGUACGGCAAGGCACCUCCGUUCAAGUACAACGGGCACCUCAACUGCUCCUUCCCGUACAUUCAGAUGCCCCUGGAUUACAUCAUUCCUGAGCUGCUCAAGAAUGCUGUGCGAGCUACAGUGGAAAACCACAUGGACAGCCCGGAAUCUAGCCUCCCUCCUGUAACUAUUACCAUUGCCAACAACGACAUUGACUUCAUCAUCAGGAUAUCGGACCGUGGAGGUGGCAUUCCCCAUGAGCAUCUGGGCCAGAUAAUGCAGUACCACUUCUCCACGGCUGGCUCUUACGAGGGCCAGUAUGACGGUGGCCUGCUGGGCACCAUGAUGAACAGCCCCACUGAUGGGCCUGCCGGAGGACCCAUGCACGGGUUUGGCUUUGGCCUUCCCACAUCUCGUGCGUAUGCCGAGUACCUUGGUGGGACCCUCACUUUUGAGACUCUCCAGGGCAUUGGCACGGACGUUUACCUGCGCCUGCGGCACAUCGACGGCAAAUGUGAGAGCUUCCGCAUCUGAGCCAGGACUGCUGUGGACUGUCUCAAUCUGAGCUGCGAAGAACAUUGCAGUCACUUGCGGGAAGGACGGACUGUUCUGAAUGCCUGAAAAUUUACUCAACGGGAUGUCUUGCAGAGUGGUUCUCGAUUUGUUUGCUCUGGUUUUCUGGAAAUCGCGUGUUAAUUAUACGGUGCCUCGUAGCAGUUUCCUUGUCGAAUACGUGCACUGCACCAGCCGGCCACUUUUUUUUAUUCAGGAGGUUCGGGUGCUGCGUAAUUGUGUUAAUGAAUAAAUUAUUGCUGAAAUUUGGAUUUAAACAUUAAAUAAUGUUAUUUUAUUCAUUAAUGCCACUGUGCUUGCUUCUUAAAAGUGUGGACAUUAGUAGGAGCACGUUUGGAUGAAACUGUUUUGCUGCUUGUAAAUGAAAGCAAUUUUGCUCUUGCAGUAGUGUUUUUGGAGGCCUCUUAUAUUUUCUCAUUUGUACUGUUAGAUUUCACUUGCAAUGUGGUGCUUGCCUUAAUUGUGUUGUUUGGGCUCAUUAGUGCUAAAGGGACACUAAAGUGAGACAAUGAAUCGGUUUAGAUUGAUAAAUUGUACAUUGUAAACUCCAGGGACGUUAAUUUCAGCGUCGUAUGCUUAUUAAUAAAGGAGAAAAUCAAGGUCAAAGUAUAGCUUCCAAAUUUCGCGCCAAAAUCUCUGCCCGUGAUGUCACAGAUUUCCAAGUGUACUUUUCAUGUUUUGGCGACACUAGCUCAGUGAAAGUUCCUGAAACAUGGUAUAUCAAGUCUCUGGUCCCCUCAGAGGAUAAUGUACUUCAUGUUUACCAAUUAGGCUAUGGUAGACGCAAGCUUUGGUGCGGGAAGGUGGCACCUGCAUUUCAUGUUUGCACGUUUUCUCGCAUACCAAGUGUCUUCUCAUGGUAACCAUGGUGAUUUUUGUUCUUGUGGAAGGGUAAUUUACUAAUACGAGAAAAAUUGUUUUUCUGUUCAGUGUCCCUUUAAAGGCAUCAAUGCUUUUUGUGCCGGGCCGUUAUUUUAUAGCAAUGCCUUAUGCACUGCAAUGCCUUAAUCAAUGCCUUAAUGUUUUUUGCACUUGGCCAGUGGCCAUAGUGAUGGUCAACUUGGGUUAUCAGUGGAGUCAAGCAGCUGUGCAUGGUGGAUGAUGAGUCCAGCAUAGAAUAAAGCAUGCCUGCCAAUUUGGGGAUCUUGACAUUUGAGAGUUUCGUAGACCGAGGGUGACAAAAAAAAAACUUGCAUAUGUUUUUGUUUCUCAAGGCCCCAGAAACUUCAUAAGACAGCGCUUAGACGUUUAUAAUCAUACAGCACAGGCAGGCGUGUGCAAUGGAGGGAAAAAAUGUGCCGUGUCCCAUAACAGCUAGUUGCCCCUUCUCAAUUGUACUACGACACGGUUGUACUGCAGGGAAGUUGACCUCCUGCAGCAAAAAUCAUAGUAUAAACUUUUGUCUGUAUGGCUGUUCGUUUGCACGAAUGCAGUGUACUGUAUUAGUGCCUAAAAAAAGCAGCACCGUGACACAGAAAAACAUUGCUUCCCUUUUGGCCUUGAGGUGCUCGCGCGGAACACAAAGGCCACGUGCAAACUUGACGGCAGUUCUGACUUUGUUAAAUGCCUCCCAUCAAUCAGUGGGGAGGGUUCUGUGGCACCUCUGGAAAGCUGUUGGGGUUCCUCAAGGCCUGAAAGUCUUAGAACCAGUGUCAUUUAAUGUUAUUACUUUCUUUUCAAGUUAGGUGCAUUUUGUUAGCGACUCAUUGGACAUGUCCAUACAAGUGGAAGGAUUGACCAGAAUUCGUUAGUCUUUCAGGCAAAUCGGGAUAGUUGGCAGCUAUGUAAGGAAGCAUAGCACAUCGCUGCAAAAUGCCGGCCUAGCUAAACGCCAAGUCUGUAUGCUGGUUACUGUUUUUAUUGACAGGAGGUACCUGAUGCAAGCUGCACAUUCUCGAAUUCUCUGUGUUGAUGCAUUUGAGCACACGCCAUGUUUUAAUGGCGUAUUGAUGAGCUCCUGCAAAGACCGUGCCCGGCUCCUAGUUGUAAACGCUGUACCCAUGCUCCGUCUUCCUCUACUCGGCUGCGAGUGUCACAUGUGAUGGCCACAUAGAUAUGUCUCGGAUGUACCAAAUGUGCUGGGCUUGUUUUGGACAUUUGUACCCCAAGGUAGCACAGGUCCUGUAACGGCGUUCCUUUUUUAGGGUCACCAGAAUUGUAAUAUUUCUGUCUAGCUAAAUCACUACUUCAAAACUGAGUACAGCAUCAGUGUCAUGUACAUUGCCCUAAAUGUUACGCAUGAAGGGCUUAUGAACCUGUGAACUCUGCAACAUGGUCGUCUGUCACCAUGUCUUGAAGCGCACCAGUCAGGCCUUUUGUGGAGUCAACUGUGCUCAGCAGUUGCUUUCACAUUUUGUUUGCCCCUCCGCUGCUAAAGAGGAAGUCACCGUGCGUAGCAUCUUCUACCUUGUGUUAUCAUUUUCAGUGUAGCGCAAGUUUAGGACAACAUUACUAGUGUCCUGUAAUGUUGUGCAAAUGCUUGUGUGCUGUGGAAUCAUGUGGGUGUGAGACUGAAGCAUGUGGAUUAGGUGGUGCAAUAAAUUGUCCGAUUGUUG